AUGGAAGACCAAGAUCACAUUGUAAAUCAUCUACUCGCGAUGGCCGAAUGCCUGCGAACGCAGGAAAACCCAAAAGUCAAGAUGGCCAUGAAAUGUGUAUUGAGCUGCUUCAAACUCCGAAUGUCCCCUCAUCUACUGGCGCAUUGUAAUUUGGUCUAUGGCAGGAUGUUGUACUACCACACCGAGCAGUUACAACUGGCCAAGGAGUAUUUAUUACAAAGUUACCAAAUGACGGCCAACUUUGACGACAUCUUCAAAGAAACCCACCUCCAGGCCUUUAUAUUGAUUUGCGAGAUUUGCAUGGCUGAGCAGAACUUUGCGUCGAUAAUUCCGCAAAUGGUGGCCGAAAUCCCGGGCGCCCUUGCGUAUCCCUACCUCUACCAUCGGUUGAUUUUGUUAUUAACGGAAAUGUACACCAUCCAAAGCCGCGCCGAGGACGCGGUUCGUCUGCUCGAAAUGGGCCGGCAAAACGCCCCCGAAAACUCGCCGCUGACGCUUUAUUACCCGUUGACGGUCAAUUUGGUGAAAAUGAAGCUGAACGUUAUGGAGGGGCCGGAUGAUCAGCCACCAGAUAUUAUCAAGAGCAUAUGCGAAAUGCCCCGCACCCACCCGGCCGUCCCUAAUUUGCAUCUGUUUGCGCGCGGAACCCAGCUGGCGUAUUGGCUGUCCAGGGGACAGGCCAAAAGCGCGAAAGGCUUCCUCCGAGACAUGCAGCAAGAGUCGCAGGUGUACGCCAAUUCCGAGCUGCCGGAAGGAUUCGUUUGGUGUAUGAUGGACGUGAUUACGAUUUUGACUUGUGUCUUCACUGUUGCCCAUUCCAUGACAACCUGUCUUCUUGAUAAGGCCCAAAAAUACUACGGAAUCGCCACAAAUCACUUGAAAGCGAUGGAGAUGAAGCACGCCUCCAAGCCGUACGACGCCAGCACGGCUAGGCUGUUGGAGAAGAUGAGGAUUAUCCUCGACGAGCUACUUUGCCAGAUGAACAUCAUCUCCUGCCAGCCGAAGAAGGCUCUAUUAAAUAUCCGCUGCAUCCUGGAGAUGUCGUCCCGGAACCGUUUCCUAGCUGAGGAAUUCUACCCGUUAACUCAUUUGUUGCUGGCAAAUUACUGUAUCUACAACGACGACAACUCGGAGGCGGCCGCCCGCCAUUUUAAACUGGCCGUAUCGGGCGUAAAAGGACAGCAAACCGGGAUAAUUGCUCAUCUACACGCUGCUCUAUUCUACUUAAGGACCUGUCGGCUACGAGAUUACUACGCUAUUGCUGACAAAGUUCAUCUUCGAUGUCUGGAAGGCCAGACCCCCGUGAUCGAAAUCCUCGGCUACACCCUCUACAUGUACCAUUCAUACUUGUUCAAUAGGCAGAAUGAAUUCAGGAGCCAUGUCGUCCACAAUCUUGGUGCUACCAAAAAACAAGACUUCUUCCGCUUCCACUCCCUCGUCUUUCCAAUGUUUUCAACUUACUUCACUGGAAACCCGCAGAAUGUGCAUUCAAGUGUCUGCACGCUCGUCUGGUCCAAAAAGAUGGUCGACCACGCGCUGCUCCUCUGGACGUAUUUGCACAUUAAAGAUUUCGUCAGCGAGACCGAAACGGUCCAAGGAAUUACCCUGAAGGAAACGGUGGAGAGUAUUGAGGCCGCCAGUGCAGCUCUCGCGAAUUCCAAGGUUGAAGCUCGGACCGAUGAGCAUCACCAGAAAUUGGUGAAUUGGUUCGAUGGCGACCCGAUGAACUUCCUGCCUCGGGAAUUGUUG